AAACAGAUCUCUAAGAUGUUUAAACUAAUUUUACACACAAUUUUAAUAAGUAUUUUCUAUCCCACGGUAUAUUGCCAAUUAGGAACUUGUCAACGACCAUCUGUUACCACUGCUAGUGGCAUUGCAGCACCCACCGGGACAAUUUUCCCAGGCGAUUUGAUUUUUGAUGAAAAUUUUGAUGGACCAACCUUCACCAAAUGGUGGACCCAUGAAAGCUCAUUGAGUGGAGGAGCGAACAACAAUCAGUUCCAGUGGUAUCAAAAUAAUAGAAGCAACAGCUUUGUUAGAGAUGGUAAUUUGCACAUACGUCCUACUCUGCUCGCUAAUGAUACCGGAGAAGCAUUCCUCUACAACGGAACAAUUGAUCUUAAUGGAGCUUUCCCGAUUGGAUACUGCUCUAUUCCUGUAUAUGAUGGCUGCUUGAGAACAGGAAACAAUUCUAUAAUAUUAAACCCUAUUAAAAGUGCCAGAAUCCACUCUGCAUAUUCUUUUUCUUUUAAAUAUGGCAGAGUGGUAGCUAGAGUCAAAGUUCCAUUGGGAGACUGGUUAUGGCCAGCUCUGUGGAUGGAACCAAGAGACAACGAGUAUUCCUCCUGGCCUAGUUCGGGUGAAAUAGACAUUUUAGAAACUCGAGGAAAUAAGAACUACAUAAAAAAUGGAGUAAAUAUUGGAGUACAACAAGUCGGCAGCACAUUACACUGGGGGCCAUACCCUGCGUUAAAUCGAUACCCACUAACACAUUACACAUUGAACAAUGCAGAUGGUUGGAACGCAGACUUCCAUAUCUAUGAAGUGAUUUGGAAUACGACAUCUAUAACUUUUUUAAUCGAUCAUGUAGUAUUAGGUAGUGUCUCUCCUCCAGAUGGAGGGUUUUGGCAACUUGGAAAUUUCUCAACUAACACAGCCAAUCCUUGGGCGGCGGGUACCAAGAUGGCACCAUUUGACCAAGAGUUUUACUUCAUCAUCAAUGUUGCGGUAGGUGGUACCUCAUGGUUCCCCGAUAACUAUGUAAAUGACGGCUAUCAAAAGCCUUGGAAAAAUUACGAUGGUCGAGCCAGUAUGACUAAAUUCUGGAACGCAAACAAUUUAUGGUUACCAACUUGGAAUAUGACGACUGAUAAUAGUCAUUUUCAAAUUGACUAUAUAAGAGUCUACGCGAUAUAAGUUAGUAAAUUACUUAAAUUGGUUAUUACUUUAUUAAACAUUUGUUAUGCAAACAAUAUGCAAUUUGUUUAUUUAUGUUGUAGGUAUAUAGCUUAAUUUUCAACGAAAACAUUUCGUUUAUAAAUUCGCAAAAGUGUGUGUGUUAUUGCGUUGCCGCUCCUGCAAUACUCAGAUCAGAUUUAUCGAUGGAUUGUUAUGUAGUCUUUCCUUCUGAAUCCAAAUCUGAAAACGGCAUUUCGAUAUUUCUAACCGUAUUCGAGAUAAUCGACCUCAAAGUCUAAAAUGUGACGUCACAAUCGUUUUAUUUUCCGCUGUGUCUAGGUACACGCUAACGUGUACGCAAAUAAAAAAGUUAGGUACACGCUUAAACGUCAUCAAGUCAGUGACGUCAUUAUUUAGCGUGUACUAUGACUGGGUUUUUCGGUACACGCUAAUUUGAGCUGCGUGUAUGCUGUAGUAUUAAGUAUCUGUAAGUAUCGCGAGUGUAAGAGUGUGAUUAGAAUUUGUCUAAUCGCGUUAUGUUUACACUUUCAUAUUGAUUUGUAAAGAGUUUCCUUAUUUUUUACUUGUUAAGUGUUUUUUUUUUAAUUAACUAUGGAGUGUGGACAAUUAUUUAGUUCUUUUAAUGAGUUUAACAACAUUCUAAAACAGUAUGAAAAAGAUAAGAGACAAAAAUUCGUGAUUAAGGGUAGCAGAAGUAAUAAGAUAAAAUAUACGGGGCGACUGAUUAGUGUGAUAAAGCACAGUAGAUCCGCUUAUAGUAAUAGAUAGCAAUAAAAGUUAGUAGCAAAAAUUUUAGCAAACUUUGAGCUUCAUAUUACAAAAUUACUAAAAUUAGUUAGAAUUUUACAGGGCGUUCGAUAAUAUACUGGCAGACCAAACCUGUUUUUUUAAUGGAACACCCUAUAUUUUAUUUUAUGUUCGAAAUCUUCUUAAACUUCCAUAUCACAAAAAUAUAAAGGUUUAUUAUGUUAUACAGGGUAUUUUCUUAUUCUAAAAGUGCCUAUCUUCUGGAGAUGUUGGCGACCACAUUGACCCAUCUUAUUCUAUUUACGGCAGCUCGAAAUAGAUCAGUUGACGUUAGACCAGUCCACUUCCUAAGAUUGGCCAGCCAGGAUAUACGUCUACGUCCAGGGCCUCUCCUGCCCUCAAUCUUGCCUUGUAGAAUCAACUGCAGCAGUCGGUAUUUUUCAUUACGCAUAAUGUGGCCGAAGUAAGCCAAUUUUCUGUUCUUUACGGUGUUAAUUAUUUCUUUGUCUUUUCCUAGCCUCUGGAGAAUAGUUAUAUUAGUUGUGUGGUGUAUAUAUGAGACCCUCAACAUACGUCGUUAGCACCACAUUUCAAACGCCUCUAACCGUUUUAUGGCAUCUUCUGUCAGGCUCCAGCUUUCAACUCCGUAUAGGAGGACACUAAAGACGUAACAUCUAAGAAUUCUUAUGCGUAUAUUGAUACUUAAAGACAAGUUGCAGAGAAUUUUCUUAAGACUGUUAAAAGAGCUUCUGGCUUUUUCAAUACGAGUUUUUAUUUCGUAGCUAUGAUCCCAAGUAUCCUUAAUGUUGCAGCCCAGGUAGCAUAUUUUCUGUACUCUCUCUAGAAGUGUAUUGUUUACUGUAAUUUGGGCGUUUAUGUUGGUGUUUUUACUAAUGAUCAUUAUUUUUGUCUUCUUACAGUUUAGUCUUAGGCCGUAUUUGUUACAUGCUUCUACAACAUUAUCCAUGAUCCUUUGGAGCCCCUGCGCACUAUCCGCCAGCAAUACUGUAUCUUCUGCAUAUCUAAUAUUAUUUAUAAGUUGUCCAUUUACUGCAAUACCAUCUUCUGAUUCGUCCAAGGCCUCUCUAAAGAUGUUUUCAGAGUAUAUGUUAAAUAAUGUUGGUGACAGUAUGCAACCCUGUCUGACUCCUUUUUCAACCGUGAAGAUUUCUGACAGUUCAUUUUCGAAUCGAACUGUUGCUUUUUGUUGGAGAUAUAAGUUUGAAACGAGUCUUAUAUCCUUACCAUCGAGUCCUGAUGUUUUAAGGAUAUCGAUUAGUUUUCCAUGUGGGACUUUAUCAAAUGCCUUCUCGAAAUCUAUGAAACAUGCAUACACAUCGUAAUUGACAUCCCUGGCUCUCUGUAUUAGAACUUGCAAGCUGAAAAGUGCUUCCCUCGUUCCGAGUCCUGAUCUGAAUCCAAAUUGAACUUCACUCAGCUGUUCUUCUAAUUUGGUGUAUAUGCGCGAGUGAAUGAUAGUAAGGAGUACUUUAAGUACAUGGCUCAUCAAACUAAUUAAUCUAUGUUCUUCACAUGUUCUAGCGUUGGCUUUUUUGGGAAGUGGAAUGAAUAUUGAUAGUAGCCAGUCUUUUGGUAAGUAACCAGUCUCGUAUAUGUUGUUGAAUAACUUCGUAAGAGCUGUAAUUUGUUGUGCCUCUAAUAGCUUUAAAAUUUCACCAUGCACCUCAUCAGGUCCUGGUGAUUUCCCAUCUUUAAUCCGCUUAACGGCCAUAAUUACUUCUUCGUUUGUUAUUUCUGGGCCAUAGGGAUUGUCUAUUUCAUACGGACUUCGUGCAGCAUCUUCGAAUAAUUCUUGCAUAUAUUCUUUCCAUCUCUUUAAUUUAUCUUCAAUUGUAGUCAAAAUUUGACCUUCGACGUCUACGGCUAUGCCUAUAUUGCGUUGUUUUCUGAUGUUCUGUACUUCUUUAAUCUUUUUGUGCAUAUGGAAAUCGUCAUGUUUGCGUUGUAGUGUUUCAAUUUCUGUACAUUUCUCCAUCAGCCAUGCUUCUUUUGCCCCUUACAGGCAGUGGCGGAUCCAGAUAUGUUGUUUGGGGGGGGGGGGGUCAUGGGAGGGUGAUUUAAUUACCUUUCUCUGAGGCAAGGUCACUUAGUCUUACCAACCCUAGUAUACGUGGGUUUACAAUUAUGGGGGGGGGUCAUGACCCCCGUGACACCCCCCUAGAUCCGCCAGUGCUUACAGGGUAUUUACAAAGUUAUAACCAAUUUUCUAUGAAAAUCGUAACAAGUUCAACUCCCUGUAUAAAUAAAAAUAAACACCAAUAUAAACUGGUAUAAUUAACUUACGUAUAAAAAUUAUUUUAGAAAUAUUUUGUAUAUAUCAUGUUACUAAUAUUUAUUUUGCUAACCUGAAUAUAUACUUUUAUAUACAUAUUGUCUUAUUACAAUUAAGUUUGAAACAUCUGAAUAGUUUUGCUUCCCUUCCCUUAAUCUAUCACACAAACAUUAAACAUGUCAAAAUAGCGUGUAAAAUAUAAAGUCACUGCGAACGCUAAAUAAUGACGUCACUGGCUUAAUGAAGUUUAAUUCGCGUGUACCUAACAUUUUUAUUUGCGUACACGUUAGCGUGUACCUAGACACAGCGUUUAUUUUCUUCUGACACACUACACGUCCAGCUGAAAUCGUUGCUAUUAAGUAGGCUAGUUUUUUAAUUUCGAUUUGUUAAGCAAAGCAUAGGUUAUUUACAUUUGAGUUUGACAGUUCGUGAAUGUCAAACUAAAUUUUAAAUUAAGUAUUAAUAAAACAUCAAGACAUUUGAUAGUGAAUUUAAUUAUUAGAUAAAAUAAAUAAGAUGUUCAAAAAUACAAUUUGAGUAUAUUUUAAAAGCAAUAAUUUUUUAAGCUGUUUUUUUUUAAACAGCUUUAAAAAGAUUUAUACGAGUAUACGGCCUCCCCUUUAUGAUAAAUGGACUAUUCCAUUUGCUAUGAAAUUAAAAUACAGUCGGUUCGCUAAACUCGACACAACUGGCUAGUGAAUUUAGUAGGUAAUUUUUUUGUUUUUGCGAAUUUUGCAAAAAUUGGCAAAAUUACUAAUCAUUUAGUAAUUAUUAACUAAUUAGUAAUCAUUUUUUUGCCCAAUUGGCAAAAUUAUUUACUAAAAUCACUAGCCACUUGUGUCUCAGUUUAGCGAACUGACAGUAUAUGAAAUAAUAUUUGGUAUAAAAAAUUAUGGUCUGAUAUGUGCAAUUACAUCUUUCUAAUGGAAAAAAUAUUUGAAAAUUUUAUCUCAAAUUAUGGAUACCAACAACAUUUUCAUUUAUAACUCUUUUAUUUUUAAUUUGACGAAGAAAAGUUAUUCUUCAUAAAAAGCUCUUCAUGUUCUAAAAUUUAUGAUGCAAUCAUUAUAUAAAAUUUUAAAAGUUUUAUACGAGGUAUAUAAAAAAUAUGAAUUUCGAUAAAGAGUAAACUACCUUUAUAGUUCAUAACAUUUAAAUUAGAAUGAUAUAAUUGCACAUUAAAACAUAAUUAUUAAUUCUAAACUACUUUUCAUAAUAGCAAUUUUCCAUAUUAUGAAUUAAAAUACGUAAAUAAACAAAGUUUCCGUUAU